AUUUAUUUUCCUAAAAAAAAGAGAUGAAUAGAGAAGAACGAGUAGCUUUAAAGAUAUGUGAGAAGAGGAUGUGCAUUAUGAGCAAGAAUGAAAGCUUGGAUCGGAUCUCAUGGUUGCCGGAACACGUUCUCCAUGUGAUACUAGAUAAACUUCCAUUGAAAGAUGCAGCUCGAAGUUCUGUAUUGUCCAAGACCUGGAAAAGUGUUUGCAGUUCAUACCCCAUGACACCCUUCGUAAAUUUGGAUCAUAAUUUAUUUGGACUGAAAUCGCUUGAAAGUGUGCAAGAGCCUGAUAUUGAUGAAAUAAGGAAGAAUUUUAUAGAUUUUGUGGAUGAUGACUUGUUCCAACUGGUACAAAAUAAAUUACGCGUACAUAAGUUAGCAUUGUAUGUGGCAGUAAGUGAUUCCAUAUGUUUCUCCCGCGUUGAUCACUUGAUUGAGUUGGUCACUAAAGUAAGUAUGGUUGAAGAAUUGUGCUUGUUUGUACAGACAAAAGACGCAGGGUGGAAGGAAAUCGAAGAGGAUUAUAUUUAUUACAGCAUCCCAUUCUCUGUUCUGGCUUCUAAAGGAUUGCGUUCUCUUAAUGUACAUGGAUGCAAGUUUUCUAGCAGCAUGUCGAUUGCCUUUUCUUCACUGCAGCACUUGUCCUUAACAUAUGCAGUGAUCGACGAGGAUGAUGUAAUGAAUAUAACGCGCUCUUGUCCAGCGAUUGAAACUUUAGAGUUUGAUCAUUGCACAUUUUGGAUUGAAACCCUUGAGCUUUCGGUAUUUCCUAGGCUAAAGAAGGCUGCUUUUCUUGAAAAUUAUAAUUGGCUCUAUAAUAUUAUUGUUGUUGAUCACACUAGUCUUGAGAGUUUCAAGAGUGAUGCUCUUACGAUGUGUGAGUUCACUCCAUCUGGUUGUGGUAGUAUCAGAGAGCUGAUCUUGUCCUGUCAAAGCUCCGUUAGUCCGCUUGAUCUUUUUGUAAACCUAGAUACCUUUCCACUCCUUGAGGAAGCCGAGCUUAGUAUAGAAUUGAGUUGUUUGGAUGGUGCAAAUACAUUUAGAGCAGCUAAUCAUCAUCUGAGGAGAUUAUUUUUGUCUAUUCGUAAAUUUUACGAAGGUAUUCAAGUGAAGAAGAUCGAUAUUGAUUGUCCAAAUUUGGAGUUCUUCGAGUUUCAUGGUGGUGAUCCGAAACAGAUUUUCAUCAACUGUCCCAGCCUAAGGCAGUUCCACUAUGUCGGGGAUAAAAUCCCAGUGUUGCCAGUGUUUAACUCAUCACCUGCGUGUUUGGAGGACAUUUAUUUUCGACUUGGUAUGAUUUGCAAUUUCACCAGCCAGUGGUUUAUCCAGUUGAGGGGAUUAAGUGAACUGAUGGCUCAAUUGGGAAGUGUGGUUCGUCUCAAUCUAGAUUGUUUUGUACAGAAGGUUGAUUUUGCUCCCAAGGAAUUUGGAGCUAAUGAGGCUUUACGACAGCAAAAUGUUCACUUAGAAAUCUACCUGCGGCAUCUUCAUAUUCCGGUUGGAUUCGUUGAUGGCUUGAUUUGGAGCACUCGUGCAACCACCUCAACUAUUUGUGGUCAUCAACGUGAUUUCGUCAAGGAAAUGUGUCAAAAAUUAGCGAAGAAAUCUCAAGAUGAAAAUUGUGAGAAAAGUUGCGACAAAUGUUGGUGGCAUCACAUACAAAAAUUUGAAGUUGAGAACUCGAUCAAAGAGGAAGACGUUACGUGUAAUUUGACAAGUCUUGUAGAGACGCCCCUGUCGUUUAGACGACCUAAGACUUCUUUCAAGCUAGGGUGGCGCAUAAAUCAAUAUAAUAAUGCAUCAAGCCUUCUAUGCAUUUAAUAGGCUUAAUUUGGAGUCAAAUAUUGCAUUAUUAACUCUGAUU